ACCAGCACCAAACAAAGUAUCAAACAUUCAAAAUGGUCAGCAAUCGCCUCGACAAGGUGCACAAAAAGAUCACCAAGAAGAAGGGCAAGAACCCUAAUCUCCAUGAAGGCAGCCGGGACACAAAGCGGUUACAGAGCGCCGCGCAGAGAGAUGACAAGCUCAAUCGCCUUACUAAAGUCCGAGAACACCAAAAUCGCCCAUACCUGCUGAGAGUCAAAUCGUUCCAAUCAUAUACCACAGAGCAUGAUUCACCACUCAGUGUAUCAGAAAUCCAGGCUAUGAUCGAGGACUACUUAGGUCGCGAUGACGAAGAGCUGGCAAAACUGAAGGCAGAACGUCGCCCGGGACGGCCACCAAGCACACGUCAAAAUCUGUUGGAGAUCAACCAGAAAACUGAGCAAGACGAGUAUGCCUCUGGCUUCUGGGUACCGGACCUCGAGGAUGUCAUCAAUCUGAGGAAGUUGAAGGAGUGGAACGGCCAGUGGGCGCAGCUUGCCACGCUCAAAUUUUCCAGGAUCUCGAAAGGAGGUUUCAAGAAGGAGUCUAGCUUCCCACCAAAGGGCAUGUCAUGAGCGCUGGAAAUUGUUCCAAAUGCGGCCCCGAAGGCUUAUCAAAAGGCCGAUAUGCUACGCUCUAGUGGUUUCAUUGCGCGACAGGCGAUUGCUUUUGGUUUUCGGGAUCGCUGAU